UCUCUUCUCCAGUUCAACAUAUAUAUAACUAUCGUUUCUCUUUUCAAUUCCUACUUUGCCACUAAAUUAGGGUUUCUGGAGCAGGCCUCGUCGACGUCCAGCCGUCAUGGUGAACGUUCCCAAGACCAAGAAGACUUAUUGCAAGAGCAAGGAGUGCAGGAAGCAUACCUUGCACAAGGUUACACAAUAUAAGAAGGGAAAGGAUAGUCUUGCUGCACAGGGAAAGCGUAGGUACGAUCGCAAGCAAUCAGGAUAUGGAGGUCAGACCAAGCCCGUGUUUCACAAGAAGGCAAAAACGACCAAGAAGAUUGUGUUGAGGCUUCAGUGCCAAGGUUGCAAACACGUAUCCCAGCACCCUAUCAAGAGAUGCAAGCACUUCGAAAUCGGUGGAGACAAGAAGGGGAAGGGAACUUCUCUUUUCUAGACCCUUUGAUCGUUUUUUUAUCUUUUGUCACAAGAUUAUUUGUUAUUGGAGUUGUUGGAGAAUUGCUUUGUUUUGGUUCAGCAAUUAGAUCUACAUGUCGCAACGAUACUUUUUAGCUGAAACUUUCUUGUCUUAAUUAUUGAAUUCCCAAAAUUUUGAUGCUCUUUGAUUGA